GCUGGUUCCCACACCAGACCCAUCACCGUCACUGUGGAGGAGCAGCGGGUUCAGAGCACACGCCAAGGAUCCGACGUCACCUUCAUAUGCACCGCAAAGAGUGUGUCUCCAGCCUACACGCUGGUGUGGACCCGUCAGAAUAAUGGGAAGCUCCCAGAGAGAGCGAUGGACUUCAAUGGCAUCCUGACCAUCCGUAAUGUGCAGCCGGAGGACGCCGGGAUUUACAUCUGCACCGGCUCCAACAUGUUCGACAUGGACGAGGGCAAUGCAACACUCCAUGUUCAAGAAACGUCCCAGACACAGAUGUUUUAUGGACCGUUUGAGACCUUUGAAGGACACAGUCCGACCGGAACAGGGACCCACCCCACGGCUAUCAUUGAACCCAGACAGCUGACUGUCCAGCAGGGUCAACCAGCAGAGUUCCGCUGCACAGCUACUGGGAACCCUCCUCCUACAGUGGAAUGGACAGGUGGUCAGAAUGGAGGCAUCCCCUAUAGAGCAAGCAUCCAGGGAGGUGUUCUGAGAUUCCCAUCCGCUCAGCUCUCUGAUGAGGGUCAGUACACCUGCAUCGUCCGCAAUAGUCAUGGACAGCACAUUGCCAGGGCUGAUCUGCGAGUACACAGUGGGAAUCUUCCAGUUGUGCAGGUGAGCCCCGAACGCACUGAAGUCAGAGAAGGCGACACAGUCCGUCUGUAUUGCAGAGCUGGUGGCAGUCCUAUGGCAACAAUAUCCUGGAGGAAGCAAGGAGGCAUUCUACCACCACAGGCUCGAACCGAGAGAACGGACAUUGCGACACUCCUGAUCCCCUCUAUAUCUGCAGCCGACGCUGGUACUUACCUGUGUGUCGGCACCAAUACCGCUGGCACCUCCCAGGCCCGCAUCGAAGUGAUUGUAGUCAAAGCCACAGGAUCUGCUCCUCUGGUGAGGAUUGAACCGUCUUCAGAUACGAUGCGGGAAGGACAGACUGUGGAGCUGAACUGCGUGGUGGCAUCAUACCCGCAAGCUGUGGUCACAUGGCACAGGCCGGACCGCCCACUCUCACAGAAUCACCAG